UCGGGCAGGUGAUUGCCUUUCUUUCUGCUCCUCUGCUUUUUUUGCGUGAAUGCUGGACAGCGACAAGUCUGCCUGAAAGCCUGGGAGAGCUUGGGAAAAGCCACGGUGGAGAGUUGUGGUGGUUUGGAUUUAUUUGGCACAAAGUACUCGCGCCUCUGCUCGAGGGAUUCGUAUGGCUUGAAGGGCCUGUGCAACACCUGUGUGGCAGGGUGGAGCUGGCAGCUGGCACGGGGGCCCCCAUGGAUCCCCUCAACCUCUCGUGGUACGACGGGGACAGGAACUGGAGCAGGGCCCUGAACGCCUCGGAGGCGGCGCACAGGCCGCACUACAACUACUACGCCGUGCUGCUGGCCCUCCUCAUCUUCAUCAUCGUCUUUGGCAACGUCCUGGUGUGCAUGGCAGUGUCCAGGGAGAGGGCCCUGCAGACCACCACCAACUACCUGAUCGUCAGCCUGGCCGUGGCUGACCUGCUGGUGGCCACGCUCUGCAUGCCCUGGGUGGUCUACAUGGAGGUGGUUGGGGAGUGGCGGUUCAGCCGCAUCCACUGCGAUAUCUUUGUCACCCUGGAUGUCAUGAUGUGCACUGCCAGCAUCCUCAACCUCUGUGCCAUCAGCAUUGACAGGUACACGGCCGUGGCCAUGCCCAUGCUCUACAACACCCGCUACAGCUCCAAGCGCAGGGUCACCGUCAUGAUCGCCGUGGUCUGGGUGCUCUCCUUUGCCAUCUCCUGCCCGCUCCUCUUCGGCCUCAACAACACAGAUGAGAAGGAGUGCAUCAUUGGCAACCCCGCCUUCGUGGUGUACUCCUCCAUCGUGUCCUUCUACGUGCCCUUCAUGGUGACGCUGCUGGUGUACGUGCAGAUCUACAUCGUGCUGCGGCGGCGCAGGAAGCGCGUCAGCACCAAGCGCAGCAGCCACGUGCUGGACUCGGACACGCAGGCCCCCCUGAAGGACAAAUGCACUCAUCCAGAAGACGUCAAGCUCUGCACAGUUAUUGUGAAGUCCAAUGGGAGCUUCCAAGUUAAUAAGCGCAAAGUGGAGGCAGAGAGUCACAUAGAAGAGAUGGAAAUGGAGAUGGUGUCCAGUACCAGUCCCCCUGAGAAAACGGCCCUCAAACCCACAGCACCAAGUAACCACCAGUUGAUUGUGCCAGUUGCUUCUAAUCGGGGCAACAACUCUACCCUGCAGGCACCCCUGAGCAGCCCUGGGAAGGUGGAGAAGAAUGGCCAUGCCAAAGAAUCCCACCACACAGCCAAGGUCUUCGAGAUCCACUCCCUGCCCAACGGCAAGACGAGGAACUUGCUCAAGGCCGUCAUCAGGAGGAAAAUGUCCCAGCAGAAGGAGAAGAAAGCCACGCAGAUGCUGGCCAUCGUGCUCGGUGUUUUCAUCAUCUGCUGGCUCCCCUUCUUCAUCACUCACAUCCUGAACAUGCACUGCGACUGCAACAUCCCGCCGGCCAUGUACAGCGCCUUCACGUGGCUCGGCUACGUCAACAGCGCUGUCAACCCCAUUAUCUACACCACCUUCAACAUCGAGUUUCGCAAGGCUUUCAUGAAGAUCCUCCACUGCUAAAGCCACAA